AUUUCUAGAAGCGGCUAAACAGUUCUCUAGAACGCACCAUCAUCAUUGAACGAAGGAGAAGGGAAGGAAAGAUUUUAGCAAGCAAUUUCUCUGAUUGUAGUUUUGUACCAAACGAAAGAUCAAAUGUCGCUGUAUUAUCGAUGGAAGAACUUCGAGGAGGAGGAGGACAGACCCGACAAACCUCGGAGAUUCGGUGUCACAGAGAUUAGAACUCCCCAUUACACUAUCCCCACACAAAACGUCCUUGAGGAUAUAUUUGAGUCGAUGGGGCAUUUUGUUGAUGGGGUGAAGUUGGCUGGGGGAUCGCAUAGUCUCAUAUCGAAAUCUGUUAUCAAAGACAUGAUUGAGAUGGCUCACAAGCAUGAUGUGUAUGUGAGUACUGGUGAUUGGGCUGAACAUUUGUUUCGUGGAGGUCCAUCAGCUUUCAAACAAUACAUUGAGGAUUGUAAGCAGGUGGGAUUUGACACGAUCGAGCUCAAUGUGGGAUCCCUUGAAGUUCCAGAAGAAACUCUUCUAAGAUAUGUGCGCUUAAUUAAGAGUGCAGGCCUCAAAGUCAAGCCUCUAUUUGCAGUAAAGUUUAACAAGUCUGACAUUCCCACUGGCCGUGAUAGAGCUUUUGGGGCUUAUGUUGUCCCUGCACCCCGAUCGAACGAAUUUGUUGAAGAUGUUGAUCUCUUGAUUAGAAGGGCUGAGAGAUGCUUAGAAGCUGGGGCAGACAUGAUAAUGAUUGAUGCAGAUGAUGUUUGCAAACAAGCUGAUUCUGUUCGGACUGACAUAAUUGCAAAGGUCAUUGGACGUCUAGGUAUCGAGAAGACCAUGUUUGAAGCAUCAAAUGCUAGAACCUCUGAGUGGUUUGUCAAGUGUUAUGGCCCAAAGGUUAACCUUUUUGUAGAUCAUUCUCAAGUAAUGGAUCUGGAGUGCCUUAGGGGACGUAACUUGGGUAAAAAUCAUGCAUCUGUUUUAGGUUCAUCAUAUUUUCCUUUCUGAGUGGUUUUUAAUUUUAGCUACAUGCAUAUCUUGUUAAAGCUGGUUAUGUUUGCUGUUUAAACUUUGUAACGUGUGUAAAAUUCUGUAUCAUUUGUUCACCAUAAACAUAAAAAACAGUGAUGCAUGCUUGAAUUUGCUGCAA